AUGGAUACAUAAUACAUGAAUCAAGGUGGGCUCCACGGUAAGGGCUGCAACUUCCCGGGUGAAGCCAGGGUCUCACCUAAUCCGCUCUCAAGUCAUUCCCUACUUUCCAAAACAAACUACCAAGCUCAAUCAUUGCUAUUUGUAACAUUUUUCACCCAUCUUAGUUUCUUCCCUAUCUAUAUUCUCUAUUCUCAAACUGAGGAAAUGGAAGCAGUGCCCUCAGUCAUCGUGGAAAUUGGAAAGUGUUUAUGCAAUUGUCUUAAGAAACAUAUGGGCUAUCUUGUUCAUUUAAAUGACAAUGUUAACGAUUUGAAAGACUGCUGUGAAGAACUAGUGGCGAAGAAAAGUUCCAUACAGAAUUUGGUAAGGACCGGCUGCUCCAAAGGCGAAGAAGAAACCGUGGAAGUUACUCUGUGGCUAACACGGGCAGUUCUCAUGGAAGAAGCAGCAAAUAGGAUCCAGGAGGGAGCAGGACAAAACAAGAGAUGCCUGUGUUGUCCAAAUCUGAUAUGGCGUUACAGUAUAAGCAAGCAGGCAAAACAGAUGGAGGAGAGCAUCAGUACGCACCUCAAAGAAAGAACAUUUGAGAGGGUGACAACGGCCUCUCCCCUUCAGACAGUCAUAAACCAGGAUACUCCAUCGAUCGCGGGUCUAACAUCAGCAGAACUAGCUAUGAAAGAUGUCACAGAUGCUUUAAAUAAUGAUAAUAUCAAAAUAAUUGGUGUGUGGGGCAUGGCGGGAGUUGGUAAAACUACCCUCGUGAAAAAUGUGAACAAUCAGAUGAAAGGCUCUGAACGUUUCGAUAAAGUCAUAAUGGUGAUUGUUUCCAAAGACGUGGACUUAAAAAGGGUCCAAGGUGACAUUGCAGGGAACUUGGGUCUGAACCUUGGGAAUGGGCUCAGCAACAGUGAAAAUUCUGAAUUCUCUAGAGCAAAUACCAUACAGAAUGCAUUGAUGAAGAAGAAAUUCCUUAUCAUAUUAGAUGAUUUAUGGGAGCGACUUGAACUUGCCGAUGUAGGAAUUCCAUGUGAUAAUCUCCCCGAGGGUUGUAAAAUUUUAUUCACCACACGAAGAGAAGUUGUCUGCAGACAGAUGGAAACCCAAGUUAACGUCAUGGUAAGGGUGCUCUCAAAUGAAGAUUCAUGGAAAUUAUUCAAAGAAAAGGCAGGUGAUGUUGUUGAUGACCCUUCACUGUGUACAGUGGCAAGGAAGGUUCUUGAAGAAUGCGGUGGUCUUCCUCUCGCAAUUGUAACACUAGGAAGGGCGCUCAGAUGUGUGAGAGAUCUUAGGGUGUGGAAGUAUGUACUUUCACAACUGAAAGAGUCUGCCCCAAGCGAAAUCGAAGGCAUGGAAGGUAAGGUGUACCAGUCCAUCAAAGUAAGCUACGACCGUCUACUCCCUGAGUUGAAACCUGGCUUCUUGUUUUGCUGCCUGUUUCCUGAAGACUAUAACAUUGAUGUGGAUGGCAUGAUCGGAUAUUGGAAAGGGGAAGGCUUUCUGGGAGAUGCUGAAAGUUUGGAGGAAACAAUGAACAAAGGGCACUAUUGGGUUGAACAACUCAAAGCUUCUUGUUUGUUAUUAGAAGGUGAUGACAAAAGGUUUGUAAAGAUGCACGAUGUGGUUAGAGAUGUUGCCAUUUAUAUUGCAUCAAAAGAUGAUGAAGAAUAUAAAUCCUUGGCAAGAGCUGGUGUAGGAUUGAAAGGCUUGCCACAAGGGAAAAAGUGGGGUGAAUACAAGAGGAUUUCUCUCCUCCGGAGUGAAACAGAGGAGUUGCAGGAAGGGAUGUGUUGCCCUGAACUGCUAACAUUGCUAAUGGGAGAAAAUCGGAAGUUGAGCGAAAUACCAGAUUGGUUUUUGAAAGGUCCAAAAGCCCUUCGGGUUUUGGAUCUAAGCCAAACUUCUAUUAGCAGGCUGCCAUCAUCGCUGUCAAACCUGAAGAACUUACAGGUGCUUCAUUUGAGUAAUUGCAGAUUUAAAGAAAAGGGAUGUCUGUCGCCACUUGAGGGACUGAACCAGCUUGAAUCCCUUGAUCUUUCCUAUAACAAAGACUUGCAUGAGUUGCCAGAAGAAAUUGGGGAAUUGGUCAGCCUUAAGAGAUUGAACAUAUCACAUACUAAGAAUCUAGCAAUUGUACCACGUGCCAUCAUAUCAAGGUUGACUCGUUUGGAAGAAUUGAAGAUGUACAACAGCUUUAGCAAGUGGGAGGUUGAAGGGGAAGAUGCAAGCAGCAGCAGCAGCAGCAGCAGCAGCAAUGCUACCUUGUCUGAAGUGGCAUCUUUGACAAAGCUGUCCUGUUUGUUUAUCUGGAUUGCGGAUGUUGACCGUUUCAUGAAAGAGUAUGCUCAGCUUAAAAUUUGGGCAAACCUAAAGAAAUUUCUUUUCUGCAUGUACCAAUCAGGUUACGAAGAAAUUGCAUUCAAAGUCACUAAGAACGACGAAGUUCAUUUCAGAAUCAAUAUGGAAAACAGCUACGAAUGCAAUGGAGGGAUGGUGCUUACUUGUUGCAAUCAUAUCCCUGAGUCGUUUAGGACAUUCUUGGCACAUACGACGAGAUUAAGGUUAUGUUUUCAAGAGGGACUAAAGACAUUUAGUGGGAUUGAAGGGUUCCAAAGUCUGGAAUAUCUUUACAUAUACAGCUGCAAAGAUAUGGAAUGCAUUUUGAGUCCAAAGGAGUCUCAGGAAAUUACGUUACAUAAUUUACGGGAGUUGGAAUUAUCUUACCUUAAAAAGCUAGAGAAAGUGGUGUCUGAUGAUGAGGGAUCACUUCCUGCCACAUGUUUUCAGAAACUAAUGUUCUUGAAUGUGCGUGGCUGCCCAAUGCUAAACCAUUUACUUCCAUCUAGCUUAUUGCCAAGAAUGGAGAACCUAAAACAAGUCAACGUGCGGAGAUGUAGCGGAUUAGAGCAUGUGUUUGCUGGACCGACUCUGCUGCAACAAGAUGGACUACUCUCCAAACUCGAACACCUGAUUCUUCGUAAUCUACUAUACAUGAAGAGUAUUUGGGUGAUGGGGAUGGUGGUAACACUCCAAAACUUGAGAAAAGUGAAUCUUUGGAACUGUCAUGGCUUGGAGAAGACUGUUUUCUCAUCCGUGCAGAUGAAGGGGGGUCUCCCCAAUCUUGUCUUUCUCAGCGUAAUAGACUGCCCAGGAGUAGAGGAGAUAAUAUCAGAGGUGUUAGACAAUGAGGGUCUCCUUCCUAAACUAACAAAUUUGAUUUUAGAGGACCUACCAGAACUGGUGCGUAUCUGUGGGGGAAGAGGACAAAGAAGAGCUGACCAACUGCAACUGGAUUGGCAUUCGUUGGAAGAAAUUUAUGUGGUGGGAUGUCCCAAGCUCACCAAGCUGCUGCCUCUACAAGAAGGGCGCGAUGGUGUACCUUCGCUGCAGAAGAUUGGGGCGGAAAGGAAAUGGUGGGAGGGGUUAGAUUGGGACGGAGACGACACCGUCAAGUCCCAUUUCCAGCGUUUGCUUCCGCCACGGUGAUCUCUUCAUGUGUUUUAUUUUCUUUUUUUUACCAUGUACUGUAAUUUCAUAAGGUCUCCUAAGCCCACACACGUGCACAAAAUGGCCCGCGUGGGAGGUCUCAGCUUUCACCAGGUGUGACUCGCUGUUUAGAUCUCCUUGCCUAACUAUAUCGCUCCUCAAUUGCGCCACGGUGUGUAAGACAAAUGGAUGGCUAGAAAGAAUUGCUUCAGCCGUAGAUUUGUUUUCUACAUUGUGACCUACCUGAGGAGUGAAAUAGCUUGAUUUUGUAGGCCAUAAAAUUUAAUCAGUGUCCUCCACCAAAUUGAAAGCUUGGAUUUCACACAUGCAGACCAUUUUGUCGUGCGUGCAUGGCAUGUGCAUGGCAGGAUUCACACGCUUGUGAGCUUAUUAAACCACUUUUGUGUGUGUGUGUGUGAGACAGUGUGAGCACUAUCGUGGUCGUGGUUGUUGUUGUUGUUGAUUGUUGACUAUUGUUGCUUGAGGUUUGAUUUUGAUUGUGUGUGCACUUAGCUAAGAAAUGUAUCGUAUUGCCAAUGUCAGGGACAGUAAUUCUUAAGUAAUU